AUGCAGGGAGGCCCUUUAUUUUUCGGGCUUAAACAUGCCCAGAAUAUUCAAUUCUCAAAGGCAGCUAGCAUUUCCUCUACCAGGUCUAGAUGCUUCCAGGCCACAAUUUCAUGCUCUGCUCAACCUGAAACCCUGGAAACCGUCCAAAGCACCAUUGCUAAGCAAUUGUCUGUUGAAGUCAGCACAGUAACUCCUGAAACCAAGUUUGCUGACUUGGGUGCUGACUCCCUUGACACGGUAGAAAUAAUGAUGGCUUUGGAAGAACAAUUCGGCGUGUCAAUAGGCGAAGGUGGUGCAGAGAACAUUGCAACUGUUCAAGAUGCUGCAGAUCUCAUUGAGAAAGUGAAGGCAGCAGCAUGAAGGGAAACAUUUCCAGGAAUUAAGAUUCUAUAAAUUGUCAUGAUUUGGCUAUUUCGCAUGUGCCAAAGGAAAAACCUAUAAUUGUUUUGCAGGGAGCAAUUUUUGUUCGGGUCGUCUAAAAUUAUGAAUUUUUCUUUCCUUCAAAGACAAAUAGAAAAUCUAAUGCGUGCAUGAUGGAAAUGAUGUAUCAUGGAGCAUUGGCACGUUUCCUUGAUUAAUAAAAGAGAAGUACUGCAGUUGUUCUGCAGGUUGCAAUUUUUGUUUCACAUUGCUCAACAAUCGGUAGCAGUUGUGUAUAUUCAUUGGUUGCAGCACAAUAGUACAGUAAUUGCUCUUUCCAACAUCAAGAGUUCAUUAAAAAUAAAAAUAAAAAUAA